UAUUGGCGAGAGAAUACCUUCAAUGGGAGCUGAGUGAGGAAAACACAUUCCGUAUGUCUAGCAUACAAAAAAGUAUUGCGGCUAGAUGUCAACAGGUUGGCAAACCACUAUUUUUGUCAGGCGGAGUCCUGUCAAAUACCGUACAAACUGGAGAAUUAGUAUGCAACGAAAUAGCAGAUGUGACUAACGCGCUUUUUGAUGGAGUUACCGGAUUUAUGCUGUUAAAAGCUUUCGAUAUAAAUUAUGCUAUAAAAGCUGUAAAAACUUUGAACGAAAUAUGUUGUACAGUGGAACCGUUGAUUUUUAAGAAAAGUCAAUUUUGGAGACUUAGUACCGAGAUAAAAGUACCAGUGAAUAACGCAGAAGCUGCAUUGAUGUCCGCAGCAAUGGUUGCGAAUAUUAUAGACGCACGAGUAAUUAUCAUGCCGACUGUAUCUGGCCGAACUGCGAAGGCUUUGUUGUGGUUACGGCCUUCGGCGUUGAUUAUCACCGUUAGCACUAACCCAAGGACAACAAGAUUCUUGUUCACGUACAGGAACAUCAUACCGCUUAUGUUUACUGGUCAACCGGACAGACAUUGGGCCAAAACAGUACAUAGCCGCGCAGUCUAUGCUCUGGACUUUGCAAUAUCGAGAGGUUACCUCAUACACGGUGAUAUGUACGUGACAUUACAGAGAUCAAUCGAAGGUAUCACAUAUUGUGAUAUGGUCAGGAUCUUUAAAGUUACUACAAGUGGCAGACAUAUGUUACAAUGUCCAGAAGAAUAUAGUUUUGCAACUAAAAAGGAAGAUAAUGACGAUGAUGAAAAAAACCAUAAAACAAUAGAUAGAAAUGGUGAUACAGAAAACGAUACCAAAGGUAAAGAUGAAGGAAAACCAAAAAAGGCAAGUUAGCCUGAAACG